GAAACUUUGUUUUAUUAAUUCCCUAGUAGUUGAUUGGAAGAUGGUCAGUGUGCACGAUAAGUUGCAUAAUCAGAAUACAACCGCCAUCCAAGAAAUGUUAUUGAAAAUUGAAUGUAAACAGUGGUGGUGGUGGUGAGAAUUUCGUGCAAGCAAAGGAUUGAUCUAAAUAGAAAAAAAAAUGUAUUUGUUGAGGCACACCGAUGGUACUGAAUUCGUUCUUAUUGAUGGUAGAAGUUACACAGUGGGACGUAGGAAAUGUGACAUCACUUUGGAGAGCAAAGACAUAAGUCGCAGUCAUGCAAAGAUUGUUGUCAGAAAUGCACAUGUCUUUGUUGUUCAUUUGCAAGCUACGAAUCAAACAUCAAUCAAUGGGAACUUGCUGAAUGUGGACAAGGAGUAUGAACUGAAAGUCGGAUGUCAGGUCAAGUUUGGUGUGUCCGAAACGAUUUUCAGUUUGCAAAAGGAUGUUCUGGUGGUAUCAACUUCUGGUAUGGCCAGAGAGAACAAAUUGAAGGUAAAGAAAUUUGUGGAAAAGAGAGGAGGAAUUUUCAACAUGAGCUGGAGUAAAGAGAACACGCAUCUCGCCAUCGAUAAUUUCGUGUUGACCGUGAAUACGUGCAGCGCGCUCAUCGACAAGCAGAAGAUCGUGAAAUUCCAAUACUUCGUAGACUGCUGGGAUUGCAUAGAAAAGUCGGAAAAGCUGCCGGAUGUGAACAAGUAUUUGCCGACGCCGACAGUCGACAUGGUCAAUUCCAAUAUCUCGUUCAGAUUCGAGAUGGACAGACAGUGGCUCUUCAGGAACAAGACUUUCGUGUUUCCGAAUGCCGAAUCGGCAAAGAAUAUGAAGAAUCUUAUAGGCAUGGCUUCUGGCAAGGUAAUCGACAUCGAGAAAAAUCGUUUGUCGAAUGAUGAGCUGCUUUCUUCGGAAAACGAAUACCUGCUUGUUAUGAUGGACGUGAAUGCCGAUUCCGAUGACCGCAGUUACUUUGGGGAUUGCGUGCGAUACGUGAUGAGGAACGAUCGCAGGCCGAUUCCGUUGCAGGAAAUUCCCACCGCAAUACUCGACGGCUCUUGCGACGUCAACUGUAAUCCCAAAUUCAAUAAGAUCGGUCAUCUGGUGUCCGCGAAGAAGGUCAACAUUAGGGGGCAGAUCUUGGUGCCUGAAACUCAGACACAAUCGGUGGCGGCCGUAGUAACAACAUUGCCUGGUUUGAGCGUACACAGGAAGCGGGUUCCUCCUGAGAUGGAACUCCCGAUUGCCAAGCGUCCCUGCAUCCCGACGUCGGACUCUAUUAAUAUGACAAAUAGAAGAACAACGACGAAGGACCAGGAACAAGACUCGCCGCCUCCGCCCUCUAGCAAGCGGAAGAUGCACGACGACGACGAUGAUGGUGAUGAUGAUGCCGCGACGAUAAGUGCUAAAAGAACAAAUGUCGUUGUGCAGGUUUUAGCAGAUCUGACAUUAAAAUCCUCAUCUACGGCGAUCGUACCAGAUGAACAAGACGCACAAAUAAUAGAAGACUCGGACGAUGAAUCGGAAAAUUCCGUAAAUACAACAACAACAAUAACAACGACGACGACGACGAUGACUACAGUGGGCACAACAACGAUGAUAAAACAAAUAUUCGUAUCAAAAGAGUCUCCUGCCGUUCAAAAGGCAUCUGUCGAGGAAGAACCGUUUAGAGAAGUGAACAGCUGUACAUCAUUUCAAAAUUCACCGUGGAUCCGCAAGAGGAUUAUAGAGAAAGACACGUCGAGUGUAGAAGCCGAUGCGAAUAUUUCCUUCAAAAUGAUCGUCUGCAAAGAGUUGACGUUCUCGAGGUCUCAGUACGCGUCGAUGAGUCUGCUGAACUCGACGGUGAAUUCUGGUACGGCGUUGACGAACAGCAGCACCAACGGCGAGCGAAAGAAUUUCAAGAAAUUCAAAAAAGUCCAGGCUCAUCAUCCGCAGACCAGAAUUGUCUCGCACAAGAAUUUGAAGCCGGUCAAGUGCGGUGGCGAUGAAAAUAAAUCAUCUUCAAAGCCGAAAGAAGAAUCAGCAAGAGCAUCGAACGCUAAAGACGAUGAAGAAGAAAUCAUAACCAGCGUAUCCCACGUGGCGCCAUCUUCAAUGAAGAAGAAAAAGCAAUCUGCAGCAUCCAGAUAUGACGAUGAUGAUGAUCAUCAUAUAGCAUCAUCAUCGCAAAUGAAAAAAAAAAGUAAACCGCAAGAGAUCGAAACAAAGAAAAGAGGAUUUAUUUUCAAUUUCAAAUAGUGAAAUCGCAUUUCCAAUGUAACACAAAAGAAAAGAGUAAUAAUU